GGACAUUCGGUGAAGGCAAAAUGAUUUGACUGCUAGUGUGCUAGCUAGGAAAAUUAUCAACUUUAUAAAAGUGAUGGUGGUGCAAGAGUCGCAAAACAUAGUUAUCUAGUAAAACAGAAUUUGCAGAAAUGGUUAGCUCAGUCAUUCCCACCGUUGAUUUAUCUCCUUUCUUUAGAGAUGGGGAUCAUCAGGGUGACAAGAACAAGGCCAUGGAGGCAAUAGGUCAAGCCUGUUCUGAGUAUGGCUUCUUCCAGAUUGUGAACCAUGGUGUGCCCCAUGAUCUAAUGAGCCAAGCCCUUCACCUCUCGAAGACAUUCUUUGAGUACCCUGGUGAGGAAAAGCUCAAGUCUAGUCCUGGGUCUGAAGCACCACUUCCUGCAGGUUACAGUAGGCAGCCUAAACACUCGCAGGACAAGAAUGAGUACUUGCUACUGUUUCCACCCCAGUCCAACUUCAAUGUGUACCCCAAAAACCCACCUGAAUUCAGGGAAGUAUUUGAAGAGAUUUUCUCCCACUUAACCAGAACUGGUGUGCUUGUGGAGAGCAUCUUAAAUGAGUGCUUGGGUCUCCCUCCCCACUUCCUCAAGGAAUACAAUCAUGAUAGGAGCUGGGAUUUCAUGACGGCUUUGCAUUACUUCCCGGCAACUAAAAUUGAGAAUAAUGGUCUCUCCGAACAUGAAGACGGGAAUUUGAUCACUUUUGUGUUUCAAGAUGAAGCAGGAGGCCUAGAAGUUUGCAAAAAUGGAGAAUGGAUUCCGGUAACGCCUGCAGAGGCCACAAUCGUUGUCAAUGUAGGCGAUGUCAUUCAGGUGUUGAGCAACAACAGAUUUAAGAGUGCAACUCAUAGAGUAGUGAGAACUGAAGGAAGAAGCCGAUACUCGUAUGCCUUUUUCUAUAACCUGCAAGGAGACAAGUACGUUGAACCAUUAUCACAGUUCACCAAAGAUAUUGGAGAGCCACCCAAGUACAGAGGAUUCCUUUACAAGGAGUACCAGCAGUUGAGGAUGAGAAACAAGACCCAUCCACCUUCCAGACCUGAAGACGUAGUUCACAUUACUCACUAUGCAAUAUCCACCACCUAGAACCUAAUGCAUUAGGAUUCUCUCCAUUUCAAAUGGAUGUAUUUUAUGCUUCAAAUUAAAGUAUGCUUGUGUUGUGUGGUUGUGGAAUGAUCUAGGUUUGGUUAAUGUGAGCAAGGUGCAUUAAUAUUUUUUUUUCC